UUCUGGCAAAACGUGCAGCUUAUAUGUCUUUUAUAUGUAUUUAAGGCCGACCAAUGCACUGGUUUGCAAGGUUUUCUCAUCUUCCAUUCCUUUGGUGGAGGUACGGGCUCUGGAUUCACAUCUCUGCUCAUGGAGCGUCUGUCUGUUGACUAUGGAAAGAAAUCCAAGCUGGAAUUUUCCAUCUACCCAGCACCACAAGUUGCAACGGCUGUUGUGGAACCUUACAACUCCAUUCUGACCACUCACACCACCUUGGAACACUCUGACUGUGCCUUCAUGGUGGACAAUGAGGCCAUCUAUGACAUCUGCCGUCGCAARUUGGACAUUGAGAGGCCAACUUACACCAACCUGAACAGACUGAUUGGUCAGAUUGUGUCCUCCAUCACGGCUUCACUCCGUUUCGAUGGCGCUCUGAAUGUUGACUUGACUGAGUUUCAGACCAACUUGGUGCCAUACCCACGUAUUCACUUCCCUCUGGCCACCUAUGCUCCUGUUAUCUCUGCU